AUGACGCCCAUCCUCGGCUACUGGGACGUUCGAGGACUGGCGCAGUCCAUCCGUAACCUCUUGGUCUACCAGGGCGUCGAGUUCGAAGACAAACGGUACAAGUUCGGCCCGGAGCCCGACUUCGACCGCGAGGAGUGGCUGGGCGAGAAGCCGACGCUGGGCCUCAGGUUUCCGAACCUACCUUACUACUUCGACGAUGACGUCAAGAUGACGCAGAGCGUUGCCAUCUUGCGCUACCUUGCGCGAAAGCACGACCUCGCAGGAAGGGACGAGGAGGAAACAGUGGAGCUAGACAUGCUGGAGCAGCAGGCUCGGGACCUACACUGGGGACUAGUGAUGGCCGUCGCCUCGCCAAACUACGACGAGACUCGGCCCAAGUACGAGGAGAAGAUGGAGAGUCUGCUGCAACCGUGGGACGAGCUGCUGCAGGAGAAAGAGUGGGUCAUCGGAGACCGGAUCACGUACGUCGACUUCCUGCUGUACGAGGCGCUCGACUGGAACUACGAGCUGAACGCGGCCGCGUUCGAGGGCUUUCCCGUGCUGACGGCCUACACGAAGCGCUUCGAAGAGCUGCCGAACAUCGACGAAUACUUCGCCUCGGACAAGUACAAUAAGUAUCCCAUGCUGGGACCGAUGAUUCAGUGGGGCUUCGAAAAGAGUAGGCAUCUACUCUCCUCGUUAUGAGCCCUGUUGCUUCGUACGAGUGAAACGUCUGCACCAUGUUUCACCAGAAAGCACACUGCGCAAAAGCUUGUUACGCUGAACAGAAAACACCAAUAAAUGUUGUA